UGCGCGCGAUUGCUGAAAUUGAGUGACGGCCCACACUGAGCUCGCUCGCACGAGAUGGCAACGGCAGCAGAGGCCAAGUCAGCCUCGCUCAGACCGGCAACAGGUAGUAACGGUCCCCUGUCAGCGAGCGCAACGCCCUUUGAGCCCGCUGCAUCGACUUCAACGGCGAGCGACGGCAUGCAAAAUUCUAGAAAGAGGCCCCCGCCGUCUCCCUCGCUCAAGCCAUCUGCGCCCAGGAUCCCAAAGACGUCUGAAGAGAAAGAGAAGACGAGGAGGUUGAUCGUCGUGCUCGAGCAAGCUUGUCUCGAGACAUACAAAGUCACUUAUGCCGGCUCGACCAAUCGCAACGGCAAGUCGAGCGACGACCGCUAUACCCUCCUCAAUUGCGACGAUCAUCAAGGGAUUCUGUCAAAGAUGAACCGAGAGGUCGCCUCUGCAAGACCCGACAUCACCCAUCAGUGUCUGUUGACAUUGCUAGACUCGCCCAUCAACAAGGCAGGUCUGCUACAAGUCUACAUUCACACGGCCAAAGGCGUCCUCAUCGAAGUCAAUCCGACCGUACGCAUACCCCGUACUUUUAAGCGCUUCUCCGGUCUCAUGGUGCAACUGCUGCAUCGGCUGAGCAUUCGUAGCGUGACCGGCUCUGAAAAGCUACUCAAAGUCAUCAAGAAUCCUAUCACCGAUCAUCUGCCGAGCAAUUCGUACAAGAUCACUCUCUCAUUCGACUCGAAGCCAGUCAGAUUAUCAGAAUACUUGCCAACGCUACCUCGGGAUGCUUCCGUCGUCGUCUUUGUGGGCGCUAUGGCAUCGGGACCGGACAACUUCGCAGACCACAUGGUCGACGAAAAGAUUGCCAUUAGCCAGUAUAGUUUAAGCGCUUCCGUCGCUUGUGGCAAGUUUACCUGCGCAAUGGAAGAUUUGCUCGGUGUACUAUGAACCGAUCUCAGCUCAAGGCCAAUUCUGUAUUCAUGUGCUCGAAUGCUUGUAUUACCCUCUGCAA